UUGGCCAUGUCUAAGGUUGCAGUAAAGAAGCUGCACUGGCGCUCUAAAGUGCAAGAGACCUUCGUACCGCUCGUGGGCAGCUCUGGAGAUUUGGGAAUUGCCAUCGGAGGCGGGGCUGAUUAUGGAGAGUUCCCAUUCGUCACCGCGGCACCAGGGGGAGGGAUCACAGUUGGCGAUGUCAUCUUAGAAAUUGGUGGAACUCCUGUUUUGGGCCUGACUUUAGGAGAUGUGCGUGGGCUCUUAAACUCCUGCCCCCAUCCAAUCCGCAUCAAGACAGUGUCUCCAGGCUCAACUCUAUGCAAGGAUCUAAGGUUAUACCUGAGCAAAUGUUUCACACCAGGUUCAAUGGACAGUCAACUCCAGCAGGUGAUCCGAGAAAACCUCUACUUGAGAGCUGUGCCCUGUACGACUAGACAGCCCCGAGACGGCGAGAUCACGGGAGUUGACUAUAACUUUGUCUCUGUUGAAGAGUUCUUCUCGCUGGAGGAGUCGGGGGCGCUGUUGGAGAGCGGGAAGUUCAAAGGGAACUACUACGGAACCCCUCGUCCAGUUCACAUUAAUCCUGAUAGUCCUCCCAUCACCUACCAGGAGCACCGCAACCUGUUGAGAAACUUCCGCACACGGAGCAAGUCCCUCAGCAACCUGGAGAAAGCAGGCGAGGAGGGAGACAACAGCGAGGAGGACUCCGGUCUAUCAGGUGGUUCGGCCGGGGCGAGCAGUGCCCCCGCCCCCACCUCAUCCCCUAGCCAAUCACGAUAUUCGAGCGGAGGAGACGGCAGUGCCCUGGAGAAUGGGCUCGGACCCCGUAGAGGAGCACGGCAAAACUGGGAGAUGAUGUACGGCGACUCAGGGAAUGCCGAUUACAAAGACCAUCAUCUAAAGCCAUCCUCUUGGCUCAAUCGCAGAGCUUACAGCAGAGACGAUGUCUGUAUGACUGAAUUGGCAGAGUUUACAGACCAGCCGAGUGAACUGAAAGGCUUCUCUGUUCACACUCGUCUGGUGAAGGGUUCACGGGGUUUCGGCUUCAACAUAGUGGGAGGCAGCAGGCGUAGAGAGUUCCUGCAGAUCUACAGCAUCACUCCCGGAGGACCUUCCACCCUUCACACAGCGGACAUUCUGGUGUACAUCAAUGAUACCUGUGUGCUUGGCUUUUCUCACAAAGAGGUGGUGGAAACGUUGAAAGCCAUUCCGGUGGGUCACACUGUGGACGUUGUUGUCCGAAGAGGCUACCCUAUGCUCUAUAACUCUGAUGGCUGUCCGAAGAUGCCCAAUCCUAGACUAACAACAUCCCUAGACCAGUCACUACAUCUACUUCCACCAACCACCACCCAACCCCAGGCCCAGGCUCCUCUCCCAUACGCUCAGCUACACCUCAACCACAACGGGCCCAUGUGGUCUGAUUUUGAGAGGGAAUCCUCAUGGAAUCUCAGAGAACGGGCAUCAAGGUUCAGUUUGGAUGCUAAUGGGAAUUCAUCUCCAUUUGCUUCUCCUUCAAGACAGCCAUCAUCAUACCAGUACUCUAAUGGGUAUGGGAGUGGGUUCCUGAGACCACCACGCUCUGCCAGAAGCAUCAGGAGGCUACAGAGUGCAGAACUGGCCAGCCAGAGCGACAGCGAGGUGGUGUCUGCGAUUGGAUCCCAUAGGGCCUCAUUUAUCCGUAACCAGAACAACAACUCUCUGUCCACUCCGCCACCUCUCCGCCUGCACUCUUUCAAAUCUUCAGAGAGUGACCUUUCCUCGAGUACUCCACCACCCAUAUCUCGAUUUCCCCUGCCCCACACUGAAGUAAGUCCAGGCCCUAUCUCUUUCUCUCCUGGAGGAGGAAGGCGCUACUCUCAUCUCCAUAAACCCCAGCACUCACUGCUAACCCCACCUAGCAGCACCCAUUCUGACGGGCCUUACUUCACCUUCAAUGGCACAGCCAGUGCCAGCAGCGGCAGCCCGAACAGCAGCAUUCCUUCGCCUGGAGCCAGGAGUGCUGUGAUCGGGAGUGGAGUUGGAGGAAUGGCGGGGAGUGGAGAAUUAGUCCCCGUCGCUUUGGCUAAAUGUGAGAGGGGCAGCAAUAUGGGGUUCAGUGUCACGGCAGGAGGUCACGGAGGAAGACAGACCCUGGUGAAGAAAGUCUGGGACCACAGACAGUGUACUGGACUGCAGCCUGGAGAUGCCAUUGUGAAGAUCAAUGGCGCAGAUGUACAGAGUCUCAGCUUUGCACAGGUCCAAAGGAUUUUGCAAGAACACACUAAAAAGGGGGAGGUUAUUCUGCUGGUGUUCAGAGGGGGCCACACACAUUUCUCCAAUUCUCCUAAUUCUGUGCGACGACUGACUCCUCCCCCUCCUCGCUCCGCCUCCGACUCUGAAGUCCCUCUUACUGACUCCAUGCCAUUAUCGCGCAGCUCUUUAACUCCGCCCUCUCCAGCACUGGUGCGCUCCUCAUUGGUCCAGAGCACCAGCUUCCUGGAUUCUGUUCCUGUCACUCUCACGCUAGAGCCACGCGAUUGGAUGAGUUCAGAGGAAGGAGGGACGGUACUCAGUCCCAGAGUAAAAACAGAGGAGAAAGAACAGCCCCCUGCACUGAGGGGUUAUGAGGUGGAGCUGAAGAGGAAGCCAGGUGAAGGCUUUGGAUUUGUUAUCGCCUCUCAGGAUGUGGAGAAUGUCAAAGCAGCGUCUCUGCUGCCUCACAGGUUUGUGACGGUACGCAGAGGCAGCCCGGCGGCACGCAGCGGUCAGAUCAGGCCUGGAGAUCGUCUGGAGGCCGUGGAUGGGAGAUCGGUGGUGAAUUUACCUCACAGAGACCUGGCACAGAUACUGAGGAGAGCUGGAAACACACUCCGCUUGACCAUCGUGCCCCGCGCCAGUGCUCAUUCCUCAGAGCGAGCAGAAAAUGACACUGAUUAUAAGAACAGAAAAGCUCACAGGUCAAAACCAAAGCAGGACGCCACGAGGUACUACAGCGUGGAACUGGAGAGGGGGCCCACUGGAUUCGGCUUCAGUCUGAGAGGAGGGAGUGAAUAUAACAUGGGCCUCUAUGUGCUGGGACUGAUGGAGGGAGGACCGGCCUCACGCAGCCACAAAAUACAGGUGAGUGAUCAGUUGGUGGAGAUCAAUGGAGACAGUACAGCAGGAAUGAGUCACAGUCAGGCUGUGGAGCAGAUCAGGACCGGAGGAAGCAGGAUACACCUCGUGUUCAAAAAAGGAAAUGGAUACGUGCCUGACUACGGUAAGACAACAGUGGAGCUCUCCAGUCUCUCUCUCUGUAUGACCAACUCCAAGCUGGGCGAACCGUGUUUCUAUGUGAUUGGAAGGACAGAAAAUACGCGGUUGGUAGCUGUUCCUACCGUGAUCACAUCACAGCCGUCUCCUCCUCACCCCAGGCCCUGCAGUCGGGUUUGGCUACAGUGAGCCAUGGCCGAGCUCAACAGGGUGCCACAUCCAGCGUUCAAAAACCAGGGAAGACCAACCGAGAGCAGAGAGAACAGAAGGAGAAGGGAAGUGACGGAGGAGACCGCGAGAGCCCUGACAGUCUCGAG